AUGGGUCUCUGCAAAUGUGAAAGAAAGAAAGUCACUAACCUAUUUUGCUUUGAACAUCGCUGUGUAGUGAAAUCAUAUCUACACUGGCUCAAGGACAAUUAUUAUUCUUCACAAUGUCUCCUCUGUUCUAAAGAACUUGAUAAUGGGGAGGAAUGUGUUCGUCUUAUGUGCUUAGAUCUUUUCCACUGGAAUUGUUUGGACAAUUAUGCCUCUGAGCUCCCUCCAAAAACCGCACCUGCUGGUUAUGAGUGUCCUUCUUGCUCCAUGAUCAUAAUCCCUCUCAGAAAUCAAGGUGGUCCUAUUGCCGAAGCCCUUAGGCAGAAACUCACUUCAGCUAAGUGGGUUAAACCCAACCACCAUGCUAAAAUUUCUGCUUCUAAAAAUAAGUCAAAACCGCCAUUAAAUUUAAACGAUACGCUUAAUGUCUUCGUCGAUUCCAAACUUCUCGACUCCUCUUUGGAUUCCUAUGCGAGCCAGUUUUUAAGAGAUCAACAGAUGGUUAAUCCCCCCGAAAUCUCCCCUUCAAAACCAACGGAAACCAUAGUUCCUAUUGAGUAUUCUCUCAACAACAUUAGCAUUAGUCCUACUGCAUCCCGUGUAGAAUCGAAACCACUUCCUCUAUUCAACAUCAGUAAUCCGAGGAAUCUUAUGGCAGAUGAUGACGAUGUGGAUAAAUAUAAAAGACAUCAUACGCCUGUCAAUAAAUCGAAUAGUGGCCUUCUAGGAUUCACGCGCCGUAUUUCCUUCCUCCUUCCUAAACCCCUCUUCCCACGUCGUCUGUCCUUCAUAUUCGGAUUGAUUAUCUUCAUUUGCUUUUUGUUAAUAUUCAUUACAAACAUGUUGGCCGGUCAGUCACUACCAGAGGAUAACUUGCAGCAGCCAAGAGGACAUCUUCCCGUUGGUAUAUAG